GCUGUGUGCCGCUUGCCUGCAUGACCGUCUCCCACAGGUACCUCCUUGAUUCCUGCGCUAAUGAAAUAAUCAAGGUCUGUGGAGCGCCCGAGUAAAGCUGAAAAGUUCAAGUAUUGUUCCUUUCUAUUUAACGGCCAGCUGCCACUGCUGCAGAGGCGUCGCAGCAAAAGCACACCCCUGGCUCUGCGUCCAUUGUCUGAAUCGGUCAAUGCCGAACCUUCCCAGAGCUGCAUUUUGCAGUACGCUGUUGUCUAGCCAUGAAGCAAGUCAAAGGCACCCUCGCCUGGGAGAGGGCGGCCUGUGAUUGGAGCUACUGGAGGUGUAUGACAGCGAUUUGAUAAUUCAGGCAGCAGCAGCGGAGAGCACAAUUCUGCAGCUGCUACUGCUACAGGCACUGAAAACUCACAUUUCCUCCUCUCUCUCUCUCUUUGAACCAUCUGCAUGCUGAGAAGCGUACUUGCCAGGCAGCAUCCUCCAACCCUGGCGGUAUUCUUCAUCUCCCGGCAGCACCAUCCGCUGGCAGGCAGCAGCCACUCGUCCUCCACCAGAAUCCAGCUCCUGGCAGCAGCCUCCAUCCUUCAGCAGCCUCCAUUCCUUAGCAGGCAAAAGCAGCCAUCCCCUGCCUCAGCAGUCACCCCCUCCCCAGCAUCACCCAUGCUCUAGCAUCAUCCAUCCCCAACAGCAUCCAGGCCCUGCAGCCCCUUGCUCUCUCUCCACCCCCCCCCCCCGAUGGGACAGCUGCUAACAUGAGCACCGAUGCCAGCCACCUGCCUGCGGGAUCCCAAGAGGCAAGCAGGGCUAUGUGGACUCCAUCCAGCUGGAUGGCUUCCGACGUCCCUCCCAACACCAGUGCCUCCUUGGCACAGCUGGAUCAGCGGCAAAGGGCGGAGGAGUGGGGUGGCACUAUCGGAGAGAUUGCGGGCACGGUAGUGAUCCAGUGUAUCUAUGCCCUGGUGUGCCUGCUAGGCCUGCUCGGCAACUCACUGGUGAUCUUCGUCAUCCUGCGCUAUGCCAAGAUGAAGACAGCCACCAACAUUUACCUGCUCAACCUGGCCAUUGCCGAUGAGCUCCUCAUGCUCAGCAUCCCCUUCGUGGCGACCUCAGCAGCGCUGCACCACUGGCCCUUCGGCCGGGCCCUGUGCCGCACCGUGCUGGGUGUGGACGGGCUUAACAUGUUCACUAGUGUCUUCUGCCUGACCGUGCUCAGCCUGGAUCGCUACAUUGCUGUGGUGCACCCACUGCGGGCAGCCACCUAUCGCCGGCCCAGGGUGGCCAAGAUGGUCAACGGAGGGGUCUGGCUGCUCUCGCUUCUGGUGGCCUCACCCAUCCCCAUCUUUGCCGGCACAGCCGCCACACACGACGGCCGAGCAAUGGCCUGCAACCUGCUGUGGCCUAGUCCGGCCUGGUCAGCUGCCUUUGUGGUCUACACGACUUUGCUGGGUUUCCUGCUGCCGGUGCUGGCCAUGGGCCUCUGCUACCUGCUGAUUGUGGGCAAGAUGCGGGCGGUGGCUCAGCGGGUGGGCUGGCAGCAGCGGCGGCGCUCGGAGGGGAAGCUGACCCGGCUGGUGUUGAUCGUGGUGGCCAUGUUCGUCGUGUGCUGGAUGCCCUUUUAUGUGGUUCAGCUGGUGAACCUGCUGCUGCCUGGCCACCUGGAUGCCACGGUGAACAAUGCCUCUGUCAUUCUCAGCUACUCCAACAGCUGCGCCAACCCCAUCCUCUAUGGCUUCCUCUCGGAGAACUUCAGGCACUCCUUCCAUGGGGUGCUGCGACGGUGCUGCGACGCCAGCUUCUGCUGCUGCUGCCACCCAGACCUGGGUGCCGCUGAGGAGGAAGAGGAGGAGGAGCCGCUAGAUUACUGUGCCAUCCCCAAGGGGGAGGAGACGAGCAAAGGUGGCAUGUGCCCAUCUUUGCAUUGCCAGCGGGAGCCUGUGCACCCUGAGCCCUGCUGUACGCCUGGCACCCUCCUUGCAAAGACCACCACCUUCUAGACGGCAUGUGUCCUCCUCCUCAGGGCCGCUGCCUUCUGAAAGGGUGCCUCCUCCUGGCCCAGCCCCUGCCUUGGCAGGACCAGCAACUUGUAAUGAGCACCAUCGCCCCGCCGCUGCAUUUCACCCUUCAGAAACAGACCAACGGGGUAAAGAAGCCUGCGUAAGUCCUCAGCGUGAGGGCCAGUUGCUUCUGGGUUGGCUCCUGCCUUUGGCUGCAGCUGGGAUGGGGCUUGUACGGGUGCUGGGUAAGCUGGCUGAGAAACCUGCACCUGCUUUUUUCUCUUUGGGUAGCUGGGCUUGUGUCUUGACUGAUUCCUUCUGUAGCCUGAGCAGUCCCUUGCCACUGAGACUGUGGGGGCCAUGCUUGGAGUAAGGUGCCACUCAAGGUGGCAAAGGGCCUAGAAUGAGGAUUCUCUUAGCCACUCCCAUCCCGGGCAUUUGCUCACAAGGCAGGGUUCUCUGUUGGGCUUCUCUGACAUGGGUUGUUUCCUAUAGGGGGAGAGAUAGCUCAGUGGUUUGAGCUUUGGCCUGCUAAACCCAGCAUUGUGAGGGGGCCAUUUAGGGAUCUAGAGCAAAAAUCUGUCAGGGACAAUAUUUGGCCCUGCUGUGACCCUUCCAGGUCUAUGAGAUCAGUAUAUCUCCAUAUUUUAAGAAAAUCUCUUUAUAUAUAAAACUGAUUGCCAACAUUACUUUAAAAAAUAUUUUUGAUUUAGUUGGGGAUUGAACCUGCGUUGAGCAAGGGGUUGGACUAGAUGACCUUCUGAGGUCCCUUCCAACCCUGAUAUUCUAUGAUUCUGCAAGCCUGCUCAGCACAAAAGGCUAAGGAUAUGAUACAGAUUAAUGGUCAGCAUUGGGACCACAUCCUGAGCCUGAUGACUUCAGGAGGAAUUUUUCUGUUGAUCUCACUGCGAAUAGGCUCAGCCCUUCUAAAGCCAGGCUGGUAAUUAAAAUUCAAGAGAGAGAGAGAGAACCUAUCUUCUUUAAUCUUUUGUGACCAGUGUUCAGAAGGGGAUGCGUCAUCCUUAGCAAUUAAUGACUAGAUUUUCAAAAGGGCAGAACUCCUAUUAAGAAGAAAGGAGGCUGCGGGGUCCUUUUGAAAAUCCACCCAUUAACCUAAUAAAGUGUCUCUAAAGGGAAAAUAGUACCCCCUAGUUUGCAGAAAGUUCAAUGAGUGACAGUAACCUAACCCCAAAAUACUGAUUUAAGGCACAGCCUACCACCGAUGUUGUGAAUGAGAAUUUUGCCAUUGACAUGAACAUAAACAGAAUCCAGACUUUUUAAAUGCUUGAGGUUCUUUUAGUUCCUUAGAAAGAGCAGUGGUGGGUAGGAGUGAGCUGUAGUUGUGCCAUGAAUGAUCCGAUCUGUAAUUGUGCCAUGGAAAAAUAAAAAGCCAAAAUGUUGGCAUGUAAUGCUGUUAUUAUUAUCCCUAAGUAUUACAUUAUGGGGUUGGGUUUGUUUUUUAAACAAACAGCCUUCACAGCAUACAAGAUCUUUAGGCAUAAAAAGUGGAAAGCUACAGUCUAAAAUGUAUCCCAGUGAAUCAGCAAUAAAUCCUAACCAUAAACCGACUCCAAAGGUUUGGGUAGUCAGGAGUUUUGUUCCACCCUCCGGGGAAUUCCUGCCUUUUAGGUGCUCAAAUGCACUUGUUCUCGUGUGACUUUCCCUAAAAUUCUUGCAGUACCUAAAACACUGCCUCCUGGAAGUCACUGAUCAUGACGUCCUGCCAUGUUCUUGAGUUGCCCAUUCAUACUGUUAGAGAUUGCUCCAAGUGUUCCAGCAAUCACUGGAAUCACGGUCAUCCGUGUUUUCCAUAAUCGUUCCACUUUGUGGCAUAGCUCUGCAUAGUACUUCACUAUCGUCUUGUCUUGUUUUCUCUUUAUGUUUCUGUCUGCUGGCACGGCCACAUCCAUCAACAUGGUCCCAUUGGUCUUCUUUUCUACAACGCACUCCUGUUAAUUAUUAUUAUUACCAUAGCACCUAGUCAGAGACCAGGACUCUGUUACACUAGAAACCCAGGACAAAAAGACGGUCUCAGAGCUCACAAUCUAAGCAGUCACAUGGACACUGGAGACCACCUUAAUCCUCAUCACUGUCAGUUGACAAAGGAGUACAAGAAUCUGAGGUGGACAGGUUUAUCUAAGAUGCUUCAAAUUUGGGCCCACACCAGGCCUGUGCUUACCAUUCUGCUCUGUGAGUAGUCCCAUUCUCAGUCGAUGAGACAGCUUGCAGCAUGGAUAAACAUGCGCUUCUAUCUUUUCGAGAUCAGGGCGUUGGGAGUCAUAGUGGUCCUGGGAAGAUUUAUGUCAGGGUUUCCAUCUGCUGGAUACGCCCGGUAAAAUGGCAUUAAGUGACUCCUGGCCUCUGGCUAACCACUGCACUAUCUUGGCAGCUCAUCAUGGGGCUGGGUCUCCUGGUUCUUCACUUUCUGCAGUCCUUUCCACCAGUGUAAUGUGCCCCUAGCGUGCUGAUCCGGUAACAUUUUGCACCCAUUUUGCCUUCAUGUAAAGGACAGCACAAGAUGCAGGGCAACGGAGACUCAGGCCCCACAAACGCUUGCACAACAACCGCUGGUGCUGGGCCCUGCACGAUUUCCCAGAGCUGCUGAUCACUCUUCAACUGCAUCACUGCCAGCUGAGGUACAGGCAAAGGUUAUGUUCCCAAAGGACAACCCUGUGCUCCCCUUUCGACUUUGACAACUGUUACACUGUUCUUAACUUUCAAUUGCACACAGGGGAGGCAAAGGGAUCUUGGCCUGGAAGAGGUUCUUUAAUAACAUUUCAAUUAUGCUCAAGCAAUAAAAAUACAAAGCUAAUUUCUGGGUGUGUCCUGUGCUGGGAUAUUGCCAUGCCUUGGGUGUGUACAACAGCACUCAGCCCCAUGACUACAAAUGUUCCCAACAUCGAAACGCCCUUCUCUCUCUUGCUGCUCACAGGAGCCUUGGCACGGCAUGUAACUCAGGAUAUUGUCAAAUCUCGAGAGUGCUUUAGUUAAGUGUCUUUGAUUCAGAGAUUUAAGUCCAGAAUGGUCACCUAAUCUGACCCUCUGUAGCCACAGAACGUCACCCCGUGAGUCCUACAUCAAACCCAGCGCUGCAGGAUGAACUAGAUUAGAGCGUAUCUUGUAGAAAGACGUCCGAUAUUGAUUUAAAGACUCCAAGUGGGGGCGAAUUUGCCACAUCCCUUCGCAACCUGUCCCAAUGGUUAAUUAUCCUCACUGAUAAAAACAUGCAUCUUAUUUCCAGUCUGACUGAGUUAGGAUGACAACAUUAAGAAAAAUCCCACUGGAUGGCUUCUUAUAGGGGUGGCUACAGAGUAGCUUUUUGUUUAUAUUGUGACUUUUUUCACUUUUUGUUUUUGUUUAUGUAAUGACUUUUUCACCGGUGGCUAUUUAAUUGAUUUUUUCCAUUUUUUUUCUGCUGUAAAAAUUAUUCACAGUAGAAGGGUCAGAGGAAAUAAUAGAAAAGGCGUGUUUGGGGGACUUUUACUAUUAUUAAUUUAAGGGGGGUCAUUUUCUUAAUUUUUCAGCUAGUUCAGAUAUAUUGGACGGGAUUUUCAGAAGCACUCAGUGUUGGCCUAUGGCUUGGUCUGUACUAGAAAGUUGUGCCUCUAAACUAUGCUGGUACGGAGCUAAUGUUAUACUGGUGUGGUUAAAGUGGAACAACCACAGACACACACACACUGGUAGGAGGUGGGGCUGGGGAAUAAACUGUAUUGGUGUAAAGCCUCUUUAUUCCAGCAUAACUGUAUCCUCCUUAAAGCUUGUACCAGUAUAAGUGUGUCAGGAAAAAAUAUCACACCCCUAACCAUCAUAUUGAUACCAGUCCAACUUUCAGAUAUACACCAGGCCUAACUCUGUUCCCAUUUGGUAAAACUCCUCUUUAUGCAACGGGAGCAGUGUGAGGCUACACUACAGUUGCUAUAAUGGCACAGGUCUGGCACUGCCACGAUGCACUGCUGUAGUGCCAUAGUGUAGGUGAUUCCUACAGCACCAAAAGGGGGUUUUCCAUCACUGUACGUAAUCUGUCUCUCUGAGCACUGGUAGCUAGGUUGAAGGAAGAAUUCUUCCACUGGCCUAUCCACAUCUACACCGGGGUGAGGUCAGCCUGGCCAUGUACUCAACGGUGGGAAUUUUUCACACCUUUGAGCACCAUAGCUAUGUCAACGUAACAGUGUAGAUCAGGCCUUUGACCAGGGGCGGACAGACAUUUUGGCCCCAGGGCCACAUCUGGUUAUGGAAGUUGUACGGCGGGCCAUGAAUGCACACGAAAUUGGGGGUUGGGAUGCAGGAGGGGGUGAGGGCUCUGGCUGGGGGUACGGGCUCUGGUGUGGGGCUGAG